AAUGAUUUUUUUCAUGGCGUACCUUUGGCAGGCACCAAUUGCUCACUGCCGAACAUGUUGUUUCCAUUUCCAGCAUCUCAAGCCCACCUCUAACUCUGGAAAUUCUGCGAAGAGUUUAAAAAGUGAUUGGAGGCAUUGUUUGUAAUGUUGCCGUGCCGAGCGCAUUUUUGAACUAGAGGAAUUGUCAGAGAAACUUCUGCCAUGUCUCUACUUUGUGUAAGAGUAAAGAAAGCCAAACUCCAAGGAUCUCCAGGUAAGUUCAAUAGCUAUGUGACGCUGAAGGUGCAGAAUGUCAAGAGCACCUCCAUUACCGUGCGAGGGGACCAGCCAUGCUGGGAGCAGGACUUCAUGUUUGAGAUCAACUGUUUGGACCUGGGCCUCAUUGUGGAGGUGUGGAACAAAGGCCUUAUCUGGGACACCAUGCUGGGGACUGCCUGGAUCCCCCUCAAGAGCAUCCGCCAGUCAGAGGAGGAGGGCUCAGGGGACUGGACCUUCCUGGAUGCUGAGGUUUUGAUGAAGGCUGAUGAGAUCUACGGCACCAAGAACCCAACACACCACCAGGUUCUUCUGGACUCCCACUUUGAGCUGCCCUUUGACAUCCCAGAUGACGAGGCGCAGUACUGGACCGGCAAGCUGGAUUGCAUCAACACUAUGAGGAUCUAUGAUGAGGAUGAGGUCCAGAGACGCCUCAUGCCUCCCGCUGCCUCCCAAUGCUCCCUGGAUGACCAUGACAGUGCAGUGGACGACCGGGACAGUGACUACCGCAGUGAGACCAGCAACAGUUUGCCCCCGCGCUACCAUACUACGGCCCAGCCCAACUCCUCCAUGCACCAGUACCCAAUGGGCCCCCAGCUCCAGAACCACCUGGACUCCUGCACAGACUCCAUGCACAGCUUUGACAUGGACUACAGAGACCACCGCGGGAGCAGUCCGGUAGAAAGUAGUCGCUUUGGGUCCUCUGGGAACCUGAGCCAGACCAGCUCCCAGAUUAGUGAGACAUGCCAGGAGAGUGCUCCAGGCUCAGGGCUGGAAGAGUCCUUACAGUCCUAUCACAGUACCGGCUUCCACCCCUCCAUCAAUGUCCAGCAACCUACCAAUGGACACAUCCCCAGCAAUGUUUUGGGGAAGAAGUUGGGCAGACCCUGCCUGGAUCUGGGGAAAAGCUUAAAUGGCUCGUUGAAGAAAUUAGAUCACUCAGUAGAGAAGAGAUCCAACAAACAUUUGCAAAGAAUACACUGGUUGAAGGCCAUCAACAAAGUCAGGGAUCAGCUUCAAGAGGGACAAGAUGAUGAACCCAACUCCAGACAAGCUUGGAUCAAGCCAGGCGGUGGAAGUGGUUUGUUUGGGAUUGACAGCAUGCCAGACCUUCGUAAGAGGAAGCCUAUACCCCUGGUCAGCGAUGUGUCAUUGGUCCAGGCCAGGAAGGCUGGAAUCACCUCUUCCAUGGCCGCACGCUCCUCCGUCAAAGACGAGGAGCUGAAGAACCACGUUUAUAAGAAGACCUUACAGGCUCUGAUUUACCCCAUCUCCUGCACCACGCCCCAUAACUUUGAGGUGUGGACGGCCACGACACCCACCUACUGCUAUGAGUGUGAGGGGCUGCUGUGGGGCAUCGCCCGCCAGGGCAUGAGGUGCUCCGAGUGCGGGGUCAAGUGUCACGAGAAGUGCCAGGAGCUACUGAAUGCUGACUGCCUGCAGCGUGCUGCGGAGAAGAGUUCAAAGCAUGGGGCUGAGGAUCGUACCCAGAACAUCAUCAUGGCCAUGAAGGACCGCAUGAAGAUCAGGGAGAGGAACAAGCCGGAGAUCUUUGACGUGAUCCGGGAUGUGUUUCUCGUCAGCAAGGCGAUCCACGCUCAGCAGAUGAAGACCAUCAAACAGAGUGUACUGGACGGAACCUCCAAGUGGUCGGCCAAGAUCACCAUCACAGUGCUGUGUGCCCAGGGACUGCAGGCCAAAGAUAAGACGGGUUCCAGCGACCCCUAUGUCACGGUCCAGGUGGGCAAGACCAAGAAGAGGACCAAGACCAUCUACGGUAACCUCAACCCUGUCUGGGAGGAGAACUUCCACUUCGAGUGUCAUAACUCGUCGGACCGUAUCAAGGUGCGUGUGUGGGACGAGGAUGAUGACAUCAAGUCCCGGGUGAAACAGCGUCUGAAGAGAGAGUCAGAUGACUUCCUGGGUCAGAGCAUCAUCGAGGUCCGCACGCUCAGCGGAGAGAUGGACGUCUGGUACAACCUGGAGAAGAGGACAGACAAGUCAGCCGUGUCUGGGGCCAUCCGUCUCCAGAUCAGUGUGGAGAUCAAGGGAGAGGAGAAAGUAGCUCCCUACCACGUCCAAUACACCUGUCUACACGAGAACCUGUUCCACCACUCAACAGACAUUCUGGGCCAGGGGAUAGUAAGGAUCCCCGAUGCUAAAGGAGACGAUGCCUGGAAGGUGUACUUUGACGAGGUGUCACAGGAGAUAGUGGAUGAGUUCGCCAUGCGCUACGGGAUCGAGUCCAUCUACCAGUCCAUGACAAACUUUGCCUGCCUCUCCUCUAAGUACAUGUGUCCUGGUGUUCCCGCUGUGAUGAGCACCCUGCUCGCCAACAUCAAUGCCUUCUACGCCCACACUACCGCUUCCACCAACGUCUCUGCCUCUGACCGCUUUUCCGCCUCCAACUUUGGAAAAGAGCGCUUUGUCAAGCUCUUGGAUCAACUCCACAACUCCUUACGCAUUGACCUCUCCACAUACAGGAACAACUUUCCUGCGAGCAGUAAGGACCGUCUCCAAGACCUCAAGUCCACUGUAGACCUCCUGACUAGCAUCACCUUCUUCAGGAUGAAGGUCCAGGAACUGCAGAGUCCCCCCAGAGCCAGUCAGGUGGUGAGGGACUGUGUCAAGGCCUGUCUCAACUCCACCUACGACUACAUCUUCAACAACUGCCAGGAGCUGUACAGCCGCCAAUACCAGCUGCUGGACACACACAAAGAGGAUCUUCCCCUGGAGGAGCAGGGCCCCAGCAUCAAGAACCUGGACUUCUGGCCCAAACUGAUCACCCUCAUCGUCUCCAUCGUAGAGGAGGACAGGAACUCCUACACACCCGUCCUCAGCCAGUUCCCUCAGGAGCUGAAUGUGGGGAAGGUGUGUGCUGAGGUCAUGUGGAUGCUGUUCUCCCAGGACAUGAAGUAUGCCAUGGAGGAGCAUGAGAAACACCGGCUGUGUAAGAGUGCUGACUACAUGAACCUGCACUUCAAGGUCAAGUGGCUGUACAAUGAGUAUGUGAAAGACCUGCCAAACUUCAAUAGCGUUGUCCCCGACUACCCAUCGUGGUUCUUACAGUUUGUGCUGCAGUGGCUGGAUGAGAAUGAGUACGUUUCCAUGGAGUUCAUGCACGGAGCUCUGGAGAGAGACAAGAAAGAUGGAUUCCAGCAGACAUCUGAGCAUGCUCUUUUCUCCUGCUCUGUGGUGGACGUCUUCACCCAGCUCAACCAGAGCUUUGAGAUCAUCAAGAAACUGGACUGCCCUGACCCCAAGGUCAUGGCUCACUACAGCCGACGAUUCGCCAAGACUAUUGUCAAAGUUCUUCUGCAGUACAGUGCCAUUCUGACCAAGAGCUUCCCCUCCUACUCUGACAAAGAGAAGAUUACGUGUGUACUGAUGAAUAAUGUGCAGCAGUUGCGGAUCCAGCUGGAGAAGAUGUUUGAGUCCAUGGGUGCCAAACGGCUGGACACAGACGCUAGUGACCUCCUGAACGAGCUUCAGGUCAAGCUGAACAAUGUGCUGGAUGAGCUGAGUACCACAUUUGGAAACAGUUUCCAGGUCCAUAUUGAUGACUGUAUGAGACAGAUGGCCUCUCUGCUCUAUCAGAUCAAGGGCCCAGUCAACGCCAACAGCCACAACGUGGUGGAGGCCGACUCCGACAACAUGCUGCGGCCACUCAUGGACUUCUUGGAUUCAAAGUUGACGCUGUUUGCCUCGGCGUGUGAGAAGACGGUUCUGAAGCGGGUUCUGAAGGAGCUGUGGAGGAUUGUGAUGAGCAGCCUGGAGAAGACCAUUGUCCUUCCGCAAGGAAAUGGCACUUUUGGGGCUCAGAUCCUGUCUGCAGCCAAGGAACUGGGACAGCUCUCCAAGCUCAAGGAUCACAUGGCAGGAGAGGCCAAAAGCCUGACACCUAAACAGUGUGCUGUCAUCGAUAUAGCACUGGACACAAUCAAGCAAUACUUCCAUGCUGGAGGAAACGGUCUGAAGAAAGCUUUCCUGGAGAAGAGUUCUGAGUUGACCUCACUACGCCACGCUCUGUCCCUCUACACACAGACCACAGACACACUCAUCAAGACCUUCGUCACAACACAACACGCACAAGGCUCAGGAGUGGACAAGCCAGUCGGAGAGAUAUCCAUACAGAUUGACCUAUUCACCCAUCCUGGGACUGGGGAGCACAAAGUCACUGUCAAAGUGGUGGGAGCCAAUGAUCUGAAGUGGCAGACGUCUGGGAUGUUCCGGCCCUUUGUGGAGAUCACCAUGAUCGGACCCCACCUCAGUGACAAGAAGCGCAAGUUCCAAACCAAGUCCAAGAACAACAGCUGGGCGCCCAAGUUCAACGAGACCUUCCACUUUGUCCUGGGCAACGAGGAUGGCUUUGAGUGCUACGAACUUCAGAUGUGUGUGAAGGACUACUGCUUUGGUCGUGCUGACCGGGUGGUGGGCAUGGCUGUGAUGCAGCUGAGGGACGUGGCAGAGAAAGGCAGCGUGGCGUGCUGGUGCCCUCUGGGCCAGAGUAUCACCAUGGAUGAGACAGGCCUCACCGCCAUGCGCAUCCUCUCCCAGCGUUCAAACGACGAGGUGGCCAAGGAGUUCGUCAAACUCAAGUCUGAGAUACGUUCUGCAGAGGAGGGCAGAUGAGGUCUCCCUAAAGGAGGGGAGGAGUGUGAAGGGCCUCUAGUAAAGACAAGUGGAGAGGGAUGGGAGAACCUUUAUCACAGAAGGAAAGCCGCUCGACUUUGGACUAAUAAUGUUUCCUGGCUGCUACUGGCUGUUUGAUGGACACUGGUUCACCAACAUACGGUCACUAUUUAUCACACUCACCUUAUGAAUCUCUCACUCACUAUAUCAUUCACACACAUAGUUUCUCUUUCACUAAGUGGUUAUUACACACACUCACACGAUACUGUACUUCCUGUGGGUCUGCCAGUCUUGCACUAUGGACAUGCCAUGGGCUUUAUGUGCCAGUCACCUCCCUGCCAGCCUGUAUGUACUUCAAUACAGGGUCUCAUCCCACAAAUGUUUGUCAUGUGCAAUACCCCCCCAACUGUGGCCGUACGAUUGAUGCCUUACACUUUGGAAGCUGUGAAUGUUUGAAGUUUAGACUGUAACCUAUAGUACAAAAUUGUUUAUUUAUCUUCCUCAAUCUCACUUUAGUGUUCUUCAGGAUCCGUGUUGAAGUCUCAUCGAUGCUACUUUAAGGGUCCAAACACGGGAUGUCUUGUUAAUGUUGGUGCAUCGGUCAAGGUAGAUUCACCUGGUUUCUAUCCUUUUGACUUCUACCACAUGUCAAGUAUCCUGCUCUUAAAUAUAGUGUAAAAAUACAUUGGUUUCUGCUGUAGAAAUGGAAAGUGUUUUUGGGGGGGGGGGGGGUUGCAUUGAAAGUGGUGCCUUGUGGUGUUUCUGAAGUGAUUUUACAUUUGAGUCAUCCACCUAUUUUCUGACUUGAGGUACUGUAAUGCGAACAGCACUCAAUGUAAAGUGUUGUAAGUUAUGUGUGCCCUGCCAGAAAUUGGGCUCUCAUUCCUGACCCAUUAAUCCCGUAAGUGUACAGUGUUGACAAUACACAUUGAAUUAGUAUUUUCUAUAAUGCUUUUGAGUCUAAAUUCAAUCAAACCAAGCUAUGAGGGGUGGCCAGUCCUCUUCUGACUGUGCUGGGUGGAGAUAAAUUGACAUCAACAUCGUCAACCCAAGGGAUGCCUUCAAUAGAGAGAGAAACUUCCAUUAUGGAUAGAUGGAGAUGUGAGCAUGUUUAAUCGCUUAUUACAGUACAUCAAAGUGCAGUGGUGUAUGGAGGGCCCUGUCUUAAACUUUGUAUUCACUAGGAAAUAACCCUGGCGAAGACAUUUAAAACAUGUUUUACAAACAUUUGGCUAAUCUUGCCAACCCUCUAUGACACACCCCUUUUAUUUAUCGUUUUUUUGAAUGUAUUUAUUCCAGAUGACGAAUGGGGUCUACUAUUGCAAAAACAAAGAGGGCUACUAGAUAGCAUUUGAGUAUUGUUUGCAGUGGUUGUUUUGAAUGGCUUUGUGCUACAGUACCCUACAGAUACUAACUGGACCUACAGGAUAUUUUGGGACCAGAGGAGUUUAAACAGUUUUUGUCUCCGUUGAGGAAAAAAAAAUAUUUUCCAGCUAUGUUUCCUUGUAUCUCUGAGUGGCCUUGCUACUGUGAUGAUAAUAGAAGCUGUCUAUUUAAUACCUGUUUUACCCCUUAUUUUCUGUGUAUUUCUUUUGUUGAACAACAAUAGAGGAUUGGUCAAUUUGCCCGAAAUCAACUGUAUUUAAUCAUUUUGAAGGAUUUAUAUUUGUUUAAUAUUUGUUGAGAUGUAGUUAUUCUCUUAGUCUUUUUUAAAUUUGACAUUGAAAAUGUGUGUAAACCUUUUUUGGAAACAAUAAUGGUGGAGCUGUUCGGUACUGUAUCAAUUCGCUUAAGGUGUGAUGCAUGCCAGUCAACUUCCUCAUAGAAAUGAGGGGAGAAAAAAAUCACACUCGUACUGAAAAUAUUUUUGUAUUUGUCAAGUAACACUGCCAUUGUACAUACAAUUAUAGUCUGUUUGUUGAAUAGGAAACCACUGCAAAAUCACACACUGCAGAAGUUAUAUCUGGGCUUUAUAUACAGUAUCUACUGUACCAACAUGAAGUCCUACAUCUUUUGGGCUGUUGAUUUAGGGAAAAAUGUCUACCUUUAAGGAAGGCACUGCCACUUAACAUUACAUGUUCCUUGUGCCAAGCUGUCCCCAAUUGUUCACUUUUUAUCAUUUCAUUCUGUUUUUAAUACAUUGUUUUUUUUAAACUUGUGAACUUUUGCACUACUAUUAAAUCACCACAAUAGUUAGCACGUAUAGUAUAUCAGUCAAAGUACUAUUGUGAAGUUUUAUUUGUAUUAUUGCUACUGGAUAACAUUUGGUAUUGAUCAUUUACAAUGUGUACAUUCCAAUUUAUGAAUUUUGUAUAAAGUAUAAAGUAUUUAACAAAUA